ACAACCGAAGAGAAUAACCUUGACCUUCACUCCCACUUCGUCCAAAAAAGGAGGUCAUAGUGGGAAUUUGUUUUGAAUUUUAACACACAUACCCGUUACUGGAUUAUGACCAUGAGCAGGAAAGUUUUACUCCAGCAGAUGGAAACGUAACAGAGAUGAAGGUGGUGUGUAUUGUGGACAGCUGGGGCCGUGCGGUACCACCCGGUGGUGAUCCCAAGGUAGCCACCACAAGCUCAGGGACUCUACAGGAAUCUCGACAACUCGCUCUGUGUGUCAUCCAGAAAGUGUGUAAAAGCUUGGAGGCAGAGCUGGAGAAUGUCCAGUUUGAGAAGCUGGACUUUGGGGAGACGUCCGUCCUGGACUUGUUUUACAACGCUGACGUGGUCAUCGUGGACAUGAGUAUCCCUGUCCAGCAGUCGGCCCUGUUUUAUCACAUCGGAGUACGACAAAGCAUGGAAAUGAAGUUUAACAUUGUCCUCCAUUAUGAUGUGGACCCUGAGCAAUCCUUGGCAUUAAGGUUGUCCUGCGGUAACAACGUCCUGUUUUUCCCGUACCUGGUCGACAGUAAUAAGACCUGCGUUGUCGUGGAGAACUCAACAUUGCCUCAGAACUGCUGUGUUCACCCAGAAAAAGGGCAACAGUCAUUGUUUGUACAACUCAAAAAGAAGCUCAGUGAAAUGGAGAAAGAAAACACGGUGCACAUCAAAGAGAGAUUCCUGAAUGAUUUACGGAAAGCUCGCGAUCAAUAUAAAGGAGAGGAGCUAGCCAAGGUUCUGGAUGCUAUGAAGACACGUCUAGAUGAUCCCCAGCUGUUAUGUGUAGAGGUUGUCAUGAAUAUGCUAAUUUCUUUGAGAGAGACACAGAACUAUGACGCUAUGGUGAAGUUGGUAGAAGAUUUAGAACAGAUUCCACAAAACAAGAUUACAGGACAGUUCUGUGUGAUGUAUCUCUAUGCCUUUGCUCUCAACAGGAGAAAUCAAAAUGGUGAUCGAAGUAAAGCUCUGAAAGUCAUCCUAGAGGCGAUUCGUCAAACAGACAAUCCGAGUCCGGACAUGCUGUGUUUGUGUGGCCGGAUCUAUAAGGAUAUGUAUGUAGACUCUGAAUUCACCGACCGUUCUAUGCUGGACAAUGCCAUUGAGUGGUACAGAAAGGGUUUUGAUAGACAGCCUAACGAGUACGCUGGGAUUAAUCUUGCUACAUUGUUAGUCAUCUCGGGGAAGGAUUUUGCCUCUUGCUCAGAGCUUCAAAGAAUAGGUCUGGUGUUAAAUAAUCUGAUUGGUAAGAAAGGCAGUCUGACGUCACUACAGGACUACUGGGAUGUUGCUACGUUCUUCGAGAUCUCGGUCCUUGCACAGGAUUAUGGGAAGGCCGUACAAGCUGCUGAAUGUAUGUUUCGACUUGAGCCGCCAAACUGGUACCUGAAGUCUACAGUGGGUAACAUAUCUCUAAUUAUGAGAUUUAAGAAGAAGACACCUAGUUACUCCAAAGAACUUCAGUUGUUUAAUUUUUGGAUGGAGUUUUUCGCUGAGGCGUGUAAGACAGAUUCUAAAGAGUUAACCAGCUCUUCAUUUCCAGUGUUGAUUCAGGAGCCCAAUAAAGUGUUAAUGCCUAGUUAUGUACAGGUGAACUGGGACGAGGAUACUAAGGAGGUCCGACUGUGGCACGUUUACCCGGAGUCAGAAUCAUCUAAAGAUCACGAGUGGACGUUCCCAGCCAUGUCUAUCAAAGGAGUCAGUUUAUACAGAAGAGACUGCAGGGCGGUGUUUCUCUACGUCCAGGAAAACUCUGACGAUUUUCAUAUUUUCUUCUCGUCAGAGCUACAGAGAAGGGAAUUCUAUAACAUGGUGUCCAACAUGAUCAAAGAUCAGGCAGACAGUCAAGUCUUCUCUGAGUCCCUGGAUGAGUACGACUCAAUAGAGUACCAGUAUGAAUUGGAUGAGAAAAAUCAGCGAGUUGUGUUAGGACGAGGCAGUUUCGGGGUGGUUUAUGCAGCACGUGACACAAAAACUCAAGUCAGGAUUGCUGUCAAAGAAAUUCCAGAGAAAAAUACACAGGAGGUGCAGCCCCUUCAUGAGGAAAUUAAGCUCCACAGCCGACUAAGUCACAAAAACAUCGUCAAAUAUCUCGGCUCGGUCAGCCAGGAUGGCUACUUCAAAAUCUUCAUGGAACAAGUUCCUGGAGGAAGCCUUUCUGCUCUGCUGCUGUCCAAAUGGGGGCCACUGAAAGACAAUGAGACAACAAUAGCAUUCUACACAAAGCAGAUUUUGGAGGGCCUCAAAUACUUGCAUGAUAACAAAAUCGUCCACCGUGACAUUAAAGGCGACAAUGUCCUGGUCAAUACGUACAGCGGUCUUCUGAAGAUUUCCGACUUUGGCACGUCCAAGCGUCUGUCUGGCAUUAAUCCCUGUGCUGAGACUUUUGCAGGAACGAUUCAAUACAUGGCUCCUGAGGUGAUAGACAAGGGCCUUCGUGGGUACGGUCCUCCAGCUGACAUUUGGUCCUUGGGUUGUACCGUUAUAGAAAUGGCUACAGGAAAGUUGCCAUUUAUAGAGCUUGGAAGUCCUGAGGCAGCUAUGUUUAAAGUUGGUUUCUACAAAAUGCACCCAGAAAUCCCAGACACAAUGUCACAGAAUGCCAAAGAUUUCCUACUCAAAACAUUUGAACCAAAGCCAGAAUUGCGGGCCACUGCAGAGGAUUUACUGAAACAUCCAUUUAUUGUGGAAACAUUAUCAAAGAAGAAAAAGAAGAGAGCAAAUGAUGGUGAAUAUUUCCGCAGUAUUUCUAUGCCAGCUGGACAGGAAGGGCACAUCCAGCACAAGAACGCAAUGCAGCUGCAGCUUCCAAAGAAAAAAAGAGAACCACGCUCCCCCGCCUCUAGUAUCGGUAGUAAUGACACAAUGGAUAUGGACGAAUAUGAUGCGACAGAAGAGAAAGAACGGGAAAGCGAUCUAAAAUACCACAGAUCACGUAGUCUCCAUUGUGGAUUCCUGGCCGUGGACAGAACAGACAGGAAAGUAGAUCUAGGAUUUCGUAAACGAGCAGGAUCUGACAGCAAAUUCCUGGAACGUAACCGGUCACCAUCGCCACUUACUCGGUGCCCCUCGCCCAUGACAUUGGAGGGGUUUACGUACAGCUCGGACGCCGGUAGUUCUGGUUUAUCGGGUAGCUCUAGUAUGCUGAAUUUGUCACCAGACAUCGGAGACAUGGACCAUAACUCCCACGACAGUUCUGGACAUGGUGGGUUUUAUCUGCUACGGAAGGAUUCAGAGCGACGAAUAACGCUGGUACACAUCCUCACAAAGGACAUGGAACAGAUUUGUGAUACGUGGCUGAAUUUUCUCCACAAAGAUGCCACAAUUUCUAAUCCCAAGCUGUCUGUGGAACAUUUACGAUGGCUACUUGUUAGUUUGAAGAACUACAUUUCAGAUCCCAACUGUAAACACUGCAUCAAAGAUACAUUAGAACAACUUCGUCAGGCAGUGGAUUUUGAUGCUGCAGCUCUAAUGGAGAUUCAGCUGGCUUUAUACGUGUUCCAUGAAGCUGUGAGUAAACAUUUAAAAAGUCACAGCAUUCAACCUCACUGGAUGUUUGCCCUGGAUAAUCUACUGAGGGGGGCUGUACAAGAGGCCAUCAUGAUCCUCUCUCCUGAUUUGGGGGCAAACAUCGCUGGAGCUAAGGAGGAUGAAGUAGAAACCUCAGGGGUUCCGUCCACAAACUCGGGGAAAUCGGCCGCGCUGUAUCGGACUUCUGCUGUCAAUGAACUACAGUUACAACUGGAGACCGUGCAGGACGAAAACAUGCAAUUACUGCAGCAACUUGUAGAAGUCAACAAAAUGUAUGGAGAUGUACUGCGUAAAACAAUCGAAGAAAAGAAAACCCAUCUACAAAACAUACAAGCUCUUUCCUCAAUAAAUAAUGUGUCGGCUGCCACAGUCACCAGUUCUAGAGUUCCGUCCAUCCAUGAACCCCCAGAUGAGGCAUUAGUGAACUGGCUUCGGGACAGAAAGUUUGACGAGGAUGUUAUAGACUUGAUUACUCAGGAACAGUUCCUAUUGUCGGAUUUUUUGGAGAUCGUUCGUUAUGAAGACCUUCAGAAGCUUGGACUGAGGGGCGGGGUUCUUUGUCGGUUAUGGCGAGUGAUACAAAGUCACAGGAAAGACCACGGACUUGAGAAAAGACUAGCAGACAGGUAGCAGAGGUCAAAGAUCACCAAAUCAGGUUACUAUGGUAACAUUGAUAAAGCCCAGCAGUCAUGUGUGUGUUUUGUUUCAUCAGCCUCCCAUCCCAGGUUUUGUGAUCUGUGAUUUUAUUCUGACACGGUCAGACAUUCUGACACCAGUCAGACAUUGCCAAAGUGGAGAGGUGAGAUUGCAGCACGGGAAAGACAUAUAAUAUGACUUUAUCACAUGACCUCUCAUGUGCACGUCAUAUGACCUAUCAUAUAGCCAUCAUACCAGUGAUUUAAUAUAAUAGAGUAUAAUUGUAUUCACAUGAAUUCCCGAGGUUAUUCUGUGUUGGACGCAGUAUAAUAGAGUAUAAUUGUAUUCACAUGAAUUCCCGAGGUUAUUCUGUGUUGGACGCAGUAUAAUAGAGUAUAAUUGUAUUCACAUGAAUUCCCGAGGUUAUUCCGUGUUGGACGCAGUUUAGAAGGAGCUACACACUAUCAAGUGUUUAUCUGUAAAACAUAUUUAUAAUGCUUUACUUCCUAUCAAUAUUGCCUUUGAUAGAUUUAUGAAGUAUGUGAUUUCUUCAGACUAUUUCUUAUCUGUGAUGUUGAGUGCUGUUUUAGGGUAUGGAGGAGAGAGGGGCAGCUUAUCCCCUGAUAUUAACAUUUCUGUUUUUAUUUCUUAUUUUUGCCCUUGUUUUAAACAUGAUUUUUAGUUACUUAUACCAAAUUUUAUGCCUUUUAAUUUUAGAUCAGAAUUUAUUAUAAUUGUUUUCAUAUCUGAAACCUGUUUAUUUGAUAGUGAAUAGCUUUAAAUUGCUGUUUUAUAUGACUUGAUGUUAUUGUCAGUAUGACAGUAUGCAUUAGAAACCCUCAAUCUGUUGUCAUGGCUUUAUUUUCAUCACUACAGAUCUAAAUAACUGAAGAUUUUAACUAACCCUGUCAGUGGCCAUAAAGUAGCUUAUCUAAGUAGCUUAACUGAAUAUGUGGUACGCAACCUUAAGCUAGUCUUGUAAGUUGCCAUACAGUAUGAAGUACAUAAUCUAAGUUGAUGAAUUAUGAUGUUAUAUGUCCAUUAGGUGCUACACAACACAUUUACUGUUUUAAUGGUAUGUUAGUUUUUGUUUUUUGUUGCUAUGGAUCAAAGCAGCAUGGAUAUGUGUUAAUUUUCUGGGGGAAAUUAUGCUAUACAUGUAUUUACACAAUACACCCCCUUCCCCUUGAGGCUAAAAAAGUAAAUAUACUUCAAAACAAAAGCAUUUAACUUGGUUAUUCUCUGUAUACUGGAAAUAAACAUAUAAAUUGUAAGGUUUGUGAGACUUGUCAAUCCUGAUAAUUAACCACAGGGAUUUAUUUCAGUGAUUAAUGUCUUGUUAGUUUCCUGAUGAUACAAUUUUUUGAAUGUGUUAUUUUGAAAGUUUAUCUCCUGGAUAUUGAUUUUAUAGCUGGUCUUUGUUUUAUUGAACUUUUAUGAAAAUAAGAAUAAAAUACUGUUGUUUUCAUAUGA